ACUCGGGCGCUGUUUGGCGUAAUAUCCGCUGCACUGCCACGGUGACAGGGUGGCUCAGCUGAACGUACCAAUAGUUGUGGUUUUCAGUGUCGUAAUGUAACAGUGGACGCCCUCGCUCGAUAGCAGACGGUGAGCCGAUAAGCUCCACUACACUCCCCGCUGGCCUUUCCUUCACACGGCAACGAGAGCUGCCUCACUGUGCAGGCAUGCUUCCAGUCGUGGCAGUACAUGGUGGGGCCGGGAAGGUCUCUUCGCCCAUUCUUGAAGAGAAGAUGGUGGCCCUGCGUGCGGCAGUGGAUGCGGGAUACGCAAUGCUGCAGCAUGGAGGCACCUCCGUCGAUGCUGUCGAAGCAGCCGUCCGGGUUAUGGAGGACCACCCUGCUUUCAAUGCUGGCUUUGGCUCCUCACUGACGAAUGAGGGUAGCGUGGAGAUGGACGCGCUCAUCAUGGAGGGCACACACAUGAAGGCUGGUGCCGUGGGCGCUGUACGCACUGUGCGCAACCCGGUCACCCUGGCACGCAAGGUUAUGGAGAAGACAGAGCAUGUGCUGUUGGUGGGGCCAUCAGCAGAUAGCUUUGCUCAAGAAAUGGGGAUCCCACUGGUUGACAAUGGCUCGCUCGUCUCUGCUAAGGCCAAGCAGAGGUUGGAGGAGUUCAAGUCCUUCCGCAACACCGUCCAACGAUCCAUCAACGUCGAUAAGAAAGAGCAUGACACAGUGGGUGCUGUGGCAGUGGACGUGGCCGGCCAUGUGGCGUGUGCCACAUCGACAGGGGGCCUGACGGGCCAACGUUGCGGCCGGGUGGGUGACAGCCCUCUGGUGGGCGCUGGUGGGUUCGCUGACGACUCUGUGUGUGCCAUCUCCACCACUGGCCAUGGCGAGGCAAUUGCUAGGUCGUGCCUGGCAUAUGACAUGGCUAUGCGCUUACAAGCCGGUUCACCUGCCGGCGAGGCCGUGGAGCAGGCAUUGCAGCGGAUGCGGCUCAAGACGCAGGGAGGCUGCGCGGGGGCCAUCCUGGUGGUGCCCACGGGCACGGUGGUCACCGCAACCACCACCGAGCUGCUGCCCUGGGCUUGCCGGAAUGCACGCGGCUACCAGUGCGGAAGCCAGCCCGACGAGCACCCGUUGUAGCUGCUCCUUU